AUGUCCAGCAGAAGGAGUGUUUUGUAUAUGGACAGUAUGGGCUUUAUGCAAGACAAUGCAGAAGUAGAAUUAUGCCAAAGGAAUACAGGAGUAAAAGAUGACAUUAUGGAAAGAUUACAGAAAGACAAGGAGGCAGCAGAGAACCAGAUCAAGGCAACGUGGAAUAUUGGACAGCUUGGAUCAGGAAUCAAACAGCUCAGAGAAAAUUCCCAGAAGCAAGAAAUCAGUGGCCGAGAAGAAGGUUCCAAAGCUUCAAGGGAGAAACCUGAAGCCCAAGAGGGUAGUGACACCGAUGGAGAAAACAAGAUCAGUGACUGGAAGAAACAUGAUGAGCAAGGGAAAAGAGAGCUCGAAAACAGACAGAAAGAAAGAACCAGCUUAGGGCAUUAUUUUUUAGGGCAUGAGAGAACCAAGCGGACUAAAAAAGAGUUCGACACAGCUUCAGUUAUUGUCAUCUAUCAGCCCAGGACUAAUCACCAUGUCUCACUGCAAACUACUGCCAGCGCAAUACGAACCUCUGGCACACAAGUGACACAGAAGUUUGUUAAACGUUCUUUGCUGAGUGAUGGCCAGAGUGUUUUAACUGACCAAGUGAGUGUGAAGAGCAUCUCUCCAGAUUAUACUGAGACUUUUAGUGGGUCAGAUGCGAUGUUUGCAAUAGCAGAAGACAUUCCGUUUCUGGAUCAUGGCAGGGAUUAUGAAGCCACAACAAGAUUGCUAGAGUUUGUUGAAACUUCGAGCCUCGCUAUUCCAGGUGUAGUAUUGCAAAUGAGCUCAACAUCCAAGUUACCUAGAAUAAGAAUGCCAUCGACCAGUAUUACUUUAUCUCCAGCACUUUCUUCGCCUAACUCUGCUGCUUCAGUGACUGGUGCUAUAAAUCCUUCAGUGAAACUGAGCCGUGAGGAGGAACAGACUAAGUUCAAUGAGCAGCUGUCUUCUCCUGACCUCCUUACCCUCUCUACAACUGAAACUGUGCUCUACCCAUCAGCCCCUAUUCCCACAGAGUUGUCUGGAGAUGAUUUUGGAUCUGGUGAUUACCUGGGGACCAAGACCAUUUCCGCAUUGGAGACGGACCAGUUUGCUUUAGCAUCCAGUUUGGUUGUUGAUUUAUUUGACCCCGAACUCUCGGUUUCUGAAGUUUAUGACUCAGAUUUUCCUACGAGGUAUGUUGCUUCAGUCUCUACACCAUUCAUAUCUUUGCCUAUGCCAUCUGUGACUACCUCACAUAGCUAUAGCAGGAGUAGUGAGGAUUUUAUACACCCAUCUGCAAACGAGUUGCCGGAUUUAUCAUCCGUGAGUUAUUCAAUGGCGAGUCCUUCGCUGCAUGACCGUAAAAUUCUGGGUUCUACGCCUGCAAUUACAAGGGAUUUGGAAUUUGUUGCAUCAAGUGUGUUUCUGCAACCAACGAUUCAAGAUCAAAUGGUGCAUGUGACAGCAACUACAGCAAUUCCUGGCUUACUGCCAGCAGAAUCAAUCAGUGUGCCUCCAAGUGAACUUGUUACCUUCUCGCCUAUAAGUUCAGUCUCAUCAUUUAGUGUCUUGAUAUCACAAACGGUUUAUCCUUUUGCACCACAGCAGUUUAGUAUCCUAUCUGCACAAAACACAACCUCUUUUGGACCGAAUUCUGAAACUUUAUCUGUGGCUGAUACUGUCACUUUCAGAGAAUCAGAAGAUGACAUUUUAACAAGCCUCAAAUCGACCAUGCUUGUUGAACUGGAAGGCAAAACUUUAGGAGUAACUGAUAUGUUUACAGAUUACUCAACACUGACUGCAGAAGUUGUUCCUGAGAGUUCCAGUAGCUUCGGAGGUAUCUCUUCCUCUGAGGCAGUGCCUUCUUCUGAAACUAUAAAACCAACAGUGGUGCUAAUUUCCGAACCCAGUGUUGUGGACAGCAGCAGUGCAAUGAAUGAAGGCAAAGCUACAACUUUGCCAUUUGCUUUGCCAGGUUUAACCACAUUUGGUACCACUUCUAUACCCUUCACCGUUAACCUGACCACAGAUAUUACAUUCACAUCAUCAUCACGUCUCCCUAUCAUUUCUUCUUCUCUUUCCCCCAUGUCAACUCUGCAUUUAUCCAUUUCCUCAUCACUGACUGAUUCCGUUUCAAGAGCCGCUUCCUUUCUGCCGAGCCCAACUUCCUCAUCUGUCAUGUUCUCUGCUGUUCCCACCAACACCAUCACAACCCCACUUGUUGAUCAUGCUACAACAGCUCUCACUGUUACAAACUCUGCCACGUCCAGUACCAUGGCUUCAAAAACUGUUGCUGCCCCCACCACCACUACCACAAGAACAACUGUGGCUCCAACAACCGUACAGACGUUUCUGUGUGAUGUUAGUGACCCUAAUUCAUACUUGGUAACAGUAGUACUCUCCAAUAAGACAGCAGAGCUCAAGAACGUGGUCGCAUUCAUUAAAAAAGUCUUGAGUCAUCAGUUCCAGCACUCGGUAGAACUGCAGGUUCAGAAAGCUGGUCAAGAGCUGACAUUCAUGGUGACAUCAGGCUCCAUUGUCUUUUCUGCACCGGCUGUACUCCAGUCUCUGGCUAUCACUGCCCCCGUCCGUGACAAGACUCCACUCAUUCUAUCUCUGAGACCAGCUUCACUCGUACCAGAUCACAGGGCCCAGGUUCACGUUGUACUGCAGUUUGUCCCUCGUUACGUCGACGUGAGAUUUUGUAACUUUACGCAGAGGAUUGAGAGAGGCAUGAAAAUGGCUAUUGCAGAAGUGCUUCGAAGAAGGGAAGAGCUGGGAAACAUCACUGUUCAGGUGAUAAACGUGACCUACACAGUCAAGCGUGCUGGAGGGCUCCGGCAGGGACCUGUCAAUGUGACCUUUGCAGUGAGCGGCGAGCAUGGAUUCCUGAAUGGCUCGGAUGUCAGUGACCUCCUGAGGAUUCUGAGUCUGGUAGAGUUCAGCUUCUAUCUGGGAUUUCCAGUUCUGAAGUCGGCAGAGCCCAUCUAUUACCCUGAACUUAACCGAUCACACCUGUUGAAGGCAUCGUGGGUGAGAACAGUUCUUUUAGGCGUGCAUGACCACCGCAUUCAGGACAACACAUUUCAAGCUGAUAUGGAGCGGAAACUGGCCCAACUCCUCAGCGAAGUGACUAGGCCAGCAAGACGAUGGAAGAGGGCAAGCACCUCUGGAAAUAACACCGUCCAGGUUGUGAACAUGACUAAAAUUGAUGGGGAUGGGAACCCAGCCGAGCUGAUCUACUUUGUGGAGCAGCAGAGUGGACAACGCCUCAGUGCUGAAGAUGCUGCCAACCUCAUGAACAAGGUGGACAUUCAGAGAGCCGCCAUUGUCUUGGGCUACCGCAUACAAGGUGCACUGGCACAACCUGUAGAGAGAAUUGGUGCCUCCUUGCCCACAGAGGAGAACAAGAACCUGUGGAUCAUCGUGGCUGUGCUGGUGCCCCUGAUUGUGGUCAUUGUCGUCAUUGUCCUCUUAUACUGGAAGUUCUGCCGAACAGACAAGCUGGAGUUUCAGCCUGAUACCAUGAGCAACAUCCAGCAACGCCAGAAGCUUCAGGCCCCAUGUGUUAAAGGCUUUGAUUUUGCCAAGCAGCACAUUGGACAGCACGGUAAAGAGGACAUACUGGUUAUUCACGAAGCACCUCCACCAGCCCCUGCCAAAGACAGCACACCAUCUGAGAAUGGUGACAUGCCCAGCCCUCAGCCCAAGGCGGCCAGACUCUCCAAGGGGCUCCGUCAGAGAACCAGAGUUUCGCCUUCAGAAGCUGAAUCCACUGUCAGUGAGCAGUCCAGUGGGAGGGAGUCUAUCGAAGAUCUCCCAAGAUCACCUUCAACUCCCAGUGAUGGCAAACAGCAAAGUGUAAACAAAAAUGGAGCUCCUCAGAUCAGUGUCCUGCUUGACGAGCAGCCUUCCUCAGCGUCUAUCUUUGAUCAUGUGGACAGGCUAUCCCGCCCAAUGGAAACCGGCAAGCGCCUUCCCAGCAAAAUCCAACUCAUCGCCAUGCAGCCCAUUCCAGCACCUCCUUUGCAGAAUCCGUUGCUUCCUGAAAGGGUUGUGGAAACCAACAGCAUAAAUAAAGAGGUUCAGAGGGCUCUGAGACAGAAGUCUGAGAUUGAGCAUCACCGUAAUAAGAUCCGACUACGAGCCAAGAGGAAAGGACAUUACGAAUUCCCUCUGAUGGAUGAUGUUCCUAUUAGUGACACCAAGGAGCGACGCAGAGUGUACCGCCGGGCGCAGAUCCAGAUCGACAGGAUCCUUGAUCCUGCCGUUCUCCCUUCUGCUCUUUUGGAACAAAGGAAAAGUUCACGUGCCAAGAGGUCUCCACGACAGCGACGGAGGCACCAGGUCAACGGCAGCAUGACAGACGCAGAGAAAGAUCGUCUGAUCACUACAGACAGCGAUGGGACCUAUAAGAAACCUGGAGUGAACAAUGCAGCGUACCUUUCGGAUCCUGACCUGCCUCUGGAGUCCCGAUCUCACCCCACACCACUAUCAGGAUUUCGUCCCAGUUCUCCACCGCACAACCACUCUCACCCUUCAGUCCCCCCACCUUAUGUUCCCCCACAGCCAUCUAUCGAAGAGGCGAGGCAACAGAUGCAUUCUCUCCUGGAUGAUGCGUUUGCUCUGGCAGGCACGGGUAGUCCAGUGAAGGUUACUCCAGCGGUCAGCCUUGGUCAGCCAGUAACCAGCACUCCUAUCAGGGCAACCAGAACACCAGCAGGCAACCUCUGGACACCGGUAUAUGAACAAGCCCAGGGUCUCAGCAACCCAUAUAUAACGAGGUAUGGAGAAGUAGCAAUGGCACCAUCUUCUGGAGGAUCGCAUCUACAAAGAUCCAGCCAUGGACCUGGUCACAUGCAGUCAGGACAGCAGAUGGUGAAGCAGGAACAUGGACACCAAGAAUCACUGUAUUCAAACAGAUCAACAUAUACUGACGAUACUCAGUCAAAUGCAUGGUCGCGACCCACAGGACACAGUUCAGGUGUCAAAGCGUAUCCAAUGCCACAGGAAGGCAGAGUGGGGAGGCAGACGGGAAAGCUCCGUGUCGGCAGGCCUGGAACAACGCAGCAGGGAGCUGCAGGUUGGUCUCCAUAUGGAGUGGAAGAUGAGUCUACGUGGUCUGCAUCCAACAGAGAACACGUACCCAGGACUUGCCUUGUAGAGCCCUCAGUGCCAUCCUUACACCUGCAGCACACCACUGCUCUGCAUCCUGGUGCCAACUGUGAUUCUAACUACAAAGAUGAUCUGGUACCCAGCCAUUCAUCCACGUCUCUCAUCAAAGCGAUCCGUGAAGAGCUCCUCAGACUCUCCCAGAAACAGUCAGCCUUUCAGAGUUUCCACAGUUGAUCUCAGUAUUUGCAAAAUCAGAGCUAUCUGCUUCCUGUGGAAGUCAAGUUCUAUCCAUUCCAUGGAGUGCCUUGCCUUUUAUUUUUACUUCUCAUGUGAAGAACGUUGAUUUGUAAGUAUAUAACUUUAAUUUACCAGUCAUUAAUCCAUGUAAUACUCUGUUGUGUUUUCUGUGUUAUUUCUGAACUGCUACCUCUAGUUUCCACAACUGGUAACAUGCAUUUAGCAACUAUACCAGUUGAGGCAGUGAAUCCAGGGCAUUAAUCAUUUGUCUGUGUCAGUGUGAUCUAUCCCCAAGGCACCCAACUCAGUGCCUUCUCUUUCAUUUUGACCCAGUCACAAAGAUCUUCAGUUUUCUUCCC